UACUACAAGCAAGAUGGCGGCGUCCAUGCUGGGGUGUGUGCUGCGGGCAGCACGGCAGCUGAUAUCGUGGCCCACAUCUUCAUGUUCAAAUCAAGUACGAAGCUACUAUGCAGACUGGCGUAUGUUCCGGGAUGUAAAGAGAAGGAAAAUGGCUUAUGAAUAUGCAGAUGAAAGAUUAAGGAUCAAUGCUUUGCGGAAAAACAUAAUUCUUCCUAAAGAACUACGGGAAGUUGCAGACAAAGAAAUUGCUGCAUUACCCAGAGAUAGUUGUCCAGUGCGGAUCCGAAACCGUUGUGUUCUGACAUCUCGUCCACGUGGCGUGAAGAAACGUUGGAGACUGAGCAGAAUUGUAUUUCGCCAUUUAGCUGAUCACAACCAGAUGUCUGGCAUUCAAAGGGCCAUGUGGUAGAAUUGAAACAGAGACUUCAUAUCGCAAUAAGUGUCAUGAUUCGGAGCAUUAUUCAAAGUUUAAUCUUAAACGGAAAUUCCAGUCUUGCAGAACCUCAGGAUUUUGUGGUUCUUAUAAAUAAAAAUGUGCUAAUUAAGUUACACCAGUUUAAUUGUUUUUUCUAUUUCUGGUUUGUGUGUUUACAGUAGUGAAACAUAAGGGCUAAACAUGUCAAGUCCCAUGCUACUACCAAGACCGUACUGAUGUUACUUGCCACUACAACGCUGAAAGAGCCGCACAUCAGGAGUGAAUUUUCACGUCCCAAUGAAUAGCAGGACUUGUGUUAUAUGUAACCUAUUUAUACAUGAACACCUGUUUGUAUAUCUGCAUGGGCCUGUGUUCUGUAGUAUCAAUGUUCCCCAGGCCUGAACUGAUACACUAGGAUAUUUCUCCA